CUGGGAAAACUCAAAAAAGGAAUCAAAACCGAAAACAUUUAAUUUUCCCUUAUCCUUAUUAUCAACAUUUGGGUAGGAAGAGGAGAUACUGAGAUAUCGGAAAUGGAAAAAAACAGAAAAAAUAUAUCUGACAUUUAUUUCCUUCCCAUGCGUUAUCGUCUUCUUUAGAAUUCCUGCAGAUUUGCAGACACCCCCCGUGCGCGCUUUCAAAUCUCCACCCCUGCAACUUCUGAACCCUGAACCCUGAAUCCACAACCCCCUCUCUCUCUCUCUCCAUCUCCAUGGAGGUUCUUCUCUCUGUUCUCCUCUGUUCUUCCUCUCUGUAUCUCCUCUUCUUCCUCCUCCGCUACUCCCGCUUCAGCCUUCGGAAACUCGGGCUACCGCCAGGUAGCCUCGGCCUCCCUUUCAUCGGCGAGACUCUGCAACUCAUCGCAGCCUACAAGACCGAGAACCCCGAACCUUUCAUCGACGCGCGGGUGGCUCGGUACGGGAGCCUGUUCACGACUCAUGUGUUCGGCGAGCCAACCGUAUUCUCAGCCGACCCGGAAGCCAAUCGGCUCAUUCUGCAGAAUGAAGGAAAGCUGUUCGAAUGCAGCUACCCGUCCUCGAUCUCCAACCUCCUCGGCAAGCAUUCCUUGCUGCUGAUGAAAGGGAGCCUUCAUAAGAGGAUGCAUUCGCUCACCAUGAGCUUCGCCAAUUCCUCCAUCAUCAGAGACAAUCUCCUCGUGGACAUCGACCGGCUGGUUCGGCUCAACUUGGAUUCCUGGACCGGCCUGGUUUUCCUCCAGGAAGAAGCCAAGAAGAUAACAUUCGAAUUGACGGUGAAGCAGUUGAUGAGCUUCGAUCCUGGGGAAUGGACUGAGAGCUUGAGGAAGGAAUACCUUCUCCUUAUUGAGGGCUUUUUCUCGGUUCCUCUCCCUUUUUUCUUCACUACUUACGGCCGAGCGACCAAAGCUCGAACGAAGGUAGCAGAGGCGCUUCGGUUGAUCGUGAGGAAGAGGAGAGAGGAGAGUAGAGGAGGAAAGAGUAAGAAGAAAGACAUGCUGGCAGCAUUGUUGGAGGGGGGAGAGGGCGGGUUCUCAGACGAGGAAAUCGUGGAUUUCUUGCUGGCCCUACUGGUCGCCGGUUACGAGACCACCUCCACCAUCAUGACUCUUGCUGUCAAAUUCCUCACCGAGACACCGCUCGCUUUGGCUCAGCUAAAGGAGGAGCACGACGGGAUCAGGGCAGCGAAGGAGCAAUCAGAAGAAGGGCUACAGUGGAGCGAUUAUAAAUCCAUGCCUUUCACUCAAUGCGUGAUUAACGAGACAUUGAGGGUAGCCAACAUCAUUAGUGGAAUAUUUAGGCGGGCAAUGGCGGACGUCAAUAUCAAGGGCUACACCAUACCCAAAGGGUGGAAGGUCUUUGCAUCAUUUCGGGCAGUCCACCUGGAUCACGACCACUAUAAAGAAGCUCGAACCUUUAAUCCCUGGAGAUGGCAGCAGAGCAAUACAGGGGGAGCGACAUCAGGAACAGUGAAUCUGUUCACGCCGUUCGGCGGGGGCCCACGCCUCUGUCCUGGAUAUGAAUUGGCUCGAGUCGAGAUCUCAGUCUUCCUUCACCACCUGGUCACCCGUUUCAGCUGGGUUCCGGCCGAAGAAGAUAAGCUGGUUUUCUUCCCAACCACCAGGACCCUCAAGCGGUAUCCAAUCAAUGUCCAGCGCCGAAUCAAAAUUCCAGCAAAAACAGGGGAAGGAGAAUGAGCAGCAGGAAGAGAAGAAGGAAACACAACAACAAACAGAGAAAAUAGAGUAGAGUAGGCAGGAGAAGAAGAUGGGAAUAAUGCUGUUGUAAUUUUUGAUUCCCCUCUAAUUUAAUAAAUUGAAGGAAAUCCCAUUGUAGGAAAAAAGAAAAUAAAUUAUUGCUAGAGCUCUGUUUAUCA